AUGGCAACUGGUCUUUGUCGUUGUCUUGAUGAUCAUGGAAACUCUUGCACUUGUAAUGGGGCUAUUUAUGGGACGCUACUAGCUCUGAGUGAGCUCACAUUGCUUAGUUCAUUUUGUUGUAAAACCUGUGUCGUAUGUCAAGAGUAUAGAGAACUAAAAACCGUGGAUUUGACUUGA